GUCUGGCCUCCGUGUGCACGCAUGUCGACUAAAUGAGCAAAACUAGUCUCAAAUACUUUAACAUCACAUUUGAAAACUCGAGUUCGUAGAGAACAGUCGCAUCACUUCUUACUAAAGCUUUUACGCUAAGAUUGAAACUUUUGCAAAGUUUUUGCAACUUUUUUACAGUUUAUUUAAAAUACGAAUAAUCAAAACCACCGCUACAAUGACCGCAACCGUUGCAUCGGGUGUUGAAUCCCAAUCAGAUAUUCCUCGUAAACCCCUCUCCAAGACUUCUGAACACAGAAGAGCUACAAAACCAAUUAUGGAGAAGAAAAGAAGAGCUCGUAUUAAUAACUCGUUGAAUGAGCUGAAAGUUCUCAUUCUGGACGCUCUCAAUAAAGACCCGUCCCGUCACUCAAAGCUGGAAAAGGCAGACAUUCUGGAGAUGACUGUCCGACACUUGCAAAGCGUUCAAAGACAACAAAUGGCUUCAGCGAUCUCAACAGAUCCGAGUGUCCUCAACAAAUAUAGGGCCGGAUUUAAUGAAUGCGCGACAGAAGUCGGCCGUUAUAUCGGACGCGUCGAUGGAGUCGACAAUCCUCUGAGACAACGAAUUCUGAACCAUUUGAACGCUUGUGUGACAAGUCUUAACACAGCGGCGAAUAUGGCCUCCAAUUCAUACAAUCAGUCGAGAACUGGAAACGCUUUCCCGGGAAUGCUUCCGCCCAACGGCUCCCCAUUCGGAGCCAAUACUCCACUUCACGUGCAGAUCCCUAUCCCGGCCGCCACCGCCGCCGCCAUCGCCGCCGGAAUCUUCCCGAGUUCUGGUCUCACUAACAUCUGUAACACCAAUUCUGGUGACAUUAACAACAACAUCGCAUCACCGAUGAUGACCGCUGGCCUCACCAUCGAUAGCAAAGCCAAUAUGCAAACGCCUCCCUCUUCCGCUUCAUCCACCGCUUCCUCGCACUUCACUUUCUCACUACCGCUACACCAAUGCUCGCCACCGCUUAGCAGUCAUCACUUGCUUCCCUUCCACCACAACCUCAACGUCAAUAUCAAUCAAAGCAUUUCAAACCAAAUGACCGCAAAUCAGUCGGCAAUGGGUCUGAGACACGGCUCGACUGGUUCCUGGAGCCACAACUCAUGCCUGGAAUCACCGCUGGGCCACAGUUCCAUUAGCCCAGCCGGCAGUUCCGUCAGCAGCGGACAGUUGAGUCCAUCCGGAAGUGAUGCCGAUAUGGAGAUGGUGUUCGAACCGCACAAUUCACUCAAUGGCGACAGUGUUUGGAGGCCGUGGUAAUGAUGGUAAUGGUUGUGUCCAUUGCCCUCACAAUCAAACCCACAGUAGAUCUCUAUAUUGUAUAUUAUAAACAGAUUCUAUAAUUUAAAUUAAUAUAUCGAUAAAUUACAAACACUUAUACUCUCUCUUAUGAUCUCUAACUUUAACUGUUAUUCGUUUGCAAUGAAGACGGC